AUGAAGUCCGUAUUGCUCGCCACUCUCAUCAACAUUAUCAUUGAACAUGUUUCCGCAUCUUAUAUGAACCAGCUACUUGGCCUUCAAGCCGGGUGCAACCGUGACAACUGCUUCCGUGCUGUACUCGGCUCACGACCCGGACCUGCGUCGGCAUUUGCUGAUUGUUCCUCGUGGAUGCAAGUCACUGAGACUCCUUGCGCGUCAACUGUAACGGAGACGGCAACCGUUACAUCUUUUACCACCACUCUAGCAAAUCCGUUUCCGGGCAUUAGCAACAUGAAGCGAGGGCAGCUAGAAGACCGACAGGUAUCAUCAACCCCCCUCGGUACCACGUCUUGCACGGUUUUGAAAAACAGUCCGAGCAGCUUGGCAGCAUACAUCCAAACAGCCUGCCCGUCUGUUGGCACCUUCGCCCCUUCGGCGCGCUACUCCACCGCUUGCUCCUGUGCUGGUGUCACCGCCGCAACGACAACACUCGCUGCAUCCAUAACUACUGUGACCACUACUAGUACUUUUCUGACCGCAUAUACACCCACGAACACGCCGACGGCAUUUAUUUUGCAAACAUCGAUUGACAGAAACCUGUAUGUUUCGGUUGACGACACCGGAGCUCUGCGUUUGGUGCGCAACGCCACAGCUGCUACGCCCUUUUAUAUCGACGACGCCAGAGAGAUGCGCAACCUGAACAGUCCCAACAAAACAUUUGUCAACUACUACGACCCCGACCCGUAUACCGCCGACGACAAAGUUUAUAGUGACGUAGAGGGACCAGGAAAAUACCAAAUCAAUUGUGGGAUUGUAGGCCGUGUUGAUGGGGGGUUCUACGGCAACUGCCAGUCUAGCGGCUCUCCUAGCGGAAAUCCAGAUGUCUACGGCUUCAGUUCUUGUUCCUACCACGGCGAGUAUGUGUACAUGACCCCGAACUUCUCUAAUGUGCGCUGUCGGCCAGGAGGUUUUACCUUCAGCGGUUUCUAUCUAAAGACAUACACUGGUAAUCAGGCAGGUGGUGGAAAAUAA